AUGCUUUCCAAGCCAGCGACGGAAUGUAGGUUGGAAUUGGUAAGAUCUAACAAACAAACUACACUUACAGAUAUUUCAAUUGGUAAGUAUAUAUACUACGCCGGCCAUAUCCUGCAAUUCGCACUCAGCAUUCUACUAUCAUCAGUUUCAUUUUUGCAUCACAGUGUCCCAUACUCAAAGCAAGCCACACACAACAGAAUCAACCCUGUUUCCUGUCUCAUUCCUCAGUUAAGUAACAUAUUUCAUAUACAGUCCAUAAUGGCAGCAAAGAAGGUUCUUGUGGUAUUUGGUGCCACUGGGAUUCAGGGUGGUUCAGUCGUCAAGGCGAUUCUUGGAGAUUCGAAGAUGAGAGAAAACUGGACUGUUCGGGGUGUUACUCGAGAUGUUUCCAAGCCAUCAUCCAAAGCCUUAGAGUCUUUGGGGGCUGAAACCGUUGCAGCCGAUCUCAACAAUGCCUCAACUCUGCAGAAUGCAUUGAAAGGGGCAUAUGCCGUCUUCGCAGUUACCAAUUAUUGGGAAAGUCACAGUGCGGAUGUCGAAAUGAAGCAGGGAAAAGCUAUGGCGGAUGCCGCAAAAGAAGCCGGAGUUCAGCACUUCGUAUGGAGCAGCUUGAUGAAUGUUUCUGAAUUGACCAAAGGCGUUUUGACCAAGGUACUGCACUUUGACUCCAAGGCACAUAUUGAGGAGUACAUUCGAAGCACCGGCAUGCCAGCAACCUUCUUCAUGCCAGGAUUCUACAUGUCCAAUCUUCCGGGCACAACUUUGCGCCAAAUCAACAAUGAUUGGACUCUUGCCCUCCCAAUUCCAACGUCUGCACCCAUCCCACUUCUGAGCACCGCCGACGACGUGGGCAAGUUCGUUAAGGGCAUCCUACUGAACCGCGAGAAAGUCCUUGGUAAGCGUAUCUAUGGCGCUACAGACUAUUACACCAUCGACGAGAUUGUCAAAGAAUUCAAAGAGCAAUUCCCGGAAGCUGGGAAGACUGCCAAGGCUGUCGAGCUUUCUCAUCAAGAUUACAAAGAUGCUCUAGGAUCCAAGGGCAUGCCGGUUGAGACACAAGAGGAGUUGCUUCAAAAUAUGAGACUUUUAUCUGAAUUUGGAUACUAUGGAGGAAGCAGCUUGGACGAGAGCCAUUCGAUCUUGGUCGAUAAGCUCACGACUUGGAAGGAAUUCAUGGCUACUAAAGCGCCGGCAUUUGCAAGCUUGAAGUAA